GGCCCGGUUGCUGUCCCCUGCAGCCCCGAGCAGCCAUGGAGCGGAUGCAGCAGGUCGUCGCCCGGGCCAGAGGCGCCUUCAACUCGGGCCGGUGCCGCUCGCUGGAGUUCCGGCUGCAGCAGCUGAAGGCCCUGGAGCGGAUGGUGCGGGAGAAGGAGAAGGAGAUCCUGGCAGCCAUCAAGUCGGAUCUGCACAAGUGUGGGCACAACGCGUACAGCCACGAGAUCCUGGGCGUGCUGGGGGAGCUGGCCCUGACCAUGGACAAGCUGCCGUCCUGGGCAGCCCCUCGGCCUGUGAAGAAGAACCUGCUGACGAUGCGGGACGAGGCUUACAUCUGCCCCGAGCCGCUGGGGGUGGUGCUGAUCAUCGGGGCCUGGAACUACCCCUUUGUGCUGGUGAUGCAGCCUCUGAUCGGGGCCAUCGCAGCAGGCAAUGCGGUGGUGGUGAAGCCCUCGGAGAUCAGCGAGAACACGGCUCAGCUGGUGGCUGAUCUUCUCCCCCAGUACCUUGACCGGGAGCUGUACCCUGUGGUCACUGGGGGAGUACCUGAGACGACAGAGCUGCUGACCCAGAGGUUCGACCACAUCCUCUACACUGGCAACUCCGCAGUGGGCAAGAUCGUGAUGGCAGCGGCCGCCAAGCACCUGACGCCCGUCACCCUGGAGCUGGGCGGGAAGAGCCCCUGCUACAUCGACAAGGACUGUGACCUGGCCGUCGCCUGCAGGCGCAUAACGUGGGGGAAGUACAUGAACUGCGGGCAAACGUGCAUCGCCCCAGACUACAUCCUGUGCGACCCGUCCAUCCAGAGCAAGGUGGUGGAGAACAUCAAGGCGACUCUGCAGGAGUUCUACGGGGAAGACGUGAAGUCAUCUCCGGAUUACGAAAGGAUCAUCAACAAGCGUCACUUCAGGAGGGUCCUGGGCCUGUUGGAAGGGCAGAAGAUCGCUCACGGGGGAGAGGCUGACGAGGCCUCGUGCUUCAUAGCACCAACUAUUCUCACCGAUGUUUCUCCGGAGUCCAAGGUGAUGGAGGAGGAAAUCUUUGGACCGGUCCUCCCCAUUCUGACGGUGAGGAGCGUAGAGGAAGCCAUUGAGUUCAUCAACCGUCGGGAGAAGCCCCUUGCCCUGUAUGUCUUCUCCAACAACAAGAAGCUGAUCAGAUGGGUGAUAUCGGAGACCUCCAGCGGCGGUGUGACGGCCAACGACGUUAUCAUGCACUCUCUGGUUCCGGAUCUGCCCUUUGGCGGUGUGGGUAACAGCGGGAUGGGAGCCUACCACGGCAAGCACAGCUUUGAGACCUUCUCCCACUGCCGUGCCUGCUUGAUCAAGGACCUGAAGAUGGAGGUUGUGAACAAACUCCGGUACCCACCCAGCAGCCAGAAGAAGGUGGAUUGGGCCAAGUUCUUCCUCCUGAAGCGGUUUAACAAGGGCCGAGCGGGACUGGCCAUCUCGGCCCUGCUGGGGAUUGUGGCAGCGGUGGUGGCAAAGCUGGUGUCCCCCUGGCGAGAAGGGUGACCGGCAGUAUGCCAGACUUGUAACCCACCACUCGCUCCCUGCGGUCCUAGUGCUGAACUUCUUUCUGCUGGAAUUUCAUUUCUUCCAAGGCAGCCAAUGCACUGAAAAGGUAAAAGCAAACAAAACGUACCUAAAGCAGGGAAGCCCCAAGCUGCAGGCUCCGGCUCGUGCUGAAACAGGGAUUGAUUCAGACCUACACCACUGGUCAUGCUUCAGCAGCGAGUGGCAGCAGGUGGAAGGAGGCAGCACCUGCCCUGCUUUGCAAACAGGAGCGCAUCUAAAAGCUCUUGGGAAUGGGGGAAUCGCUUGUCACAAGGGUAUCAAAACAAAGCCAGUUGUUUCUGA